AUGGCUACUUUUCGCCGAGAUUCCUAUUCAAAACUGAGACGUAUCGCGCAAACUUAUGCAGGACUUGCUUAUAAUGCUAAGAGCAAUGGGUUAAGUAAGUUUAUUACGCCAACUGUUAACGAGCAAAUUUCGACUACACAAGACGAAGAGAUAAAUAAAUCAAAAAAAGUCGUCGAACAACAAGGACGUUUCACGAAUUUUAUUUCAUCCAUAACUCCUGGGAUAAAUGCUCCAGCAUUAUGGACUAAACAACAUCCGAUCCCAGAUCCAAAAUUUGAAAUCAUUUCCCCAGGAACUUUAGGCGCCUUACUUUUGAUUAAACUUCCACCAAGGUCAGAGAUAUUUGCAGCACCCGGGACAGCCAUUGCUGUAUCAAGCAAAGUUAACGUUGAACGUACUACUGAUGGUAAUGUUGUCAUUGCAGUAGGAAGAAAGUUAGCAGGAGGUUCUUUAAUAUAUCAUAAGUAUACAACCUUCUCACAUCCUGGUGACGUUUUACUUGGACCUAAUAACUUAUCUGAUAUUGCCGCAAUUGAAAUGGAUGGUACAUCUGAGUACUAUGUGCGAAAAGGUGCAUUAUUAGCACGAGGUCCUCGCGUAAAUAUCAAUAUAAGGCGCGUUCGUGGAAUGGGUGCGUUAAAUUCUUUCACAAAUCGAGUGACUGGUAGGGGUACAAUAGCAAUUUCAAAUUACGGAUCUAUUUAUCGAUUAGUUUUGAAUUCUGAGGAAGCUUAUUUGGUGAAUGCAAAACAUCUGAUUGCUUGGAAUUCAAAAACUGAUCCAAAAAUAGCACCAUCGCUUAUAACUCCCUCUACAAUUGAUAGAAGAAGAUUAUUUAAAGGGAUCAAAGCGAAGAUAUCUAAUGCAACUUCAUCUUUUUUUGAUACUAUUCGUAAUAGUCCAUCAGUAAAACCUGCUUUAGAAAAUAUGAAAAGAAUAACGGUGAAAACAAGAAAAUGGGCAUUUGGUGGUCCAGAAUUCUUACAAUUGGAUGGACCUGGUGACUUUUACAUGUCUACCCGUAUUGAGCCAGUUCUUGGAGGAUUUAAAUCAUUAACUUCGCCUUCCGUAGAAGAAAUUGUUGCGGCAGAACCGGAACCUCAUUCGAAAAGUUCAAAUAAUUCAAGUCGACAAUAUCUUCCUUUUAUACCCUCAAUGUGUUAUGCCUUGGUUACAAAUGACGGAAAUGUUACUUUUACAAAACCUUCACGAAAAUCAUUUACUUUGGAUAGUCCCCUGUCACCUCCAUCUCCAGAGAAAGAUAAUAAAUCUUCCUUAGCAAAGAUUGUGACCGGAGAUGGAAUGUUACAGUUAAGACGAUGGCCUUUUAUGAAAAAGGAAUGA